AGAAAAAGCGGAGACGAGCUACCCAAAAUUCGCUAAAAAUACAACAACUUUUGAUAUUCACUUCUGUAAGAUUGAACAAUGGCGGAUUCAUUCGUCGUCACAUCGACAGAGACUCUAGCCCCAGCAAAUAUUAAAACCCCGAAAAAGUCUCGCUGGAUCGUGCGGGUAGCUGUCGUUGUUGCCGGAGUUUUUAUGGUGGCCACUGGACUUUUAGGCUAUCAAGUUAGCCAAUCCAUCAAACAAUUGGACGCUGUGAUCAAAGAGCUGGGAAGUGCUCAACUUACGAUCGAUGGCUUUAAACUGAAAGAUCCCGUUUGCAACACCAAGGAAUGCGUCGUCUCAGCCGCUGCUUUGAUGGAAGCCAUGGAUCCAUCCGUCGAUCCUUGUCAGGAUUUUUACCAGUUCACCUGCGGAGGUUGGCUUCGUAAGAACAGCAUUCCAGAAACAAGUUCCCGCUGGGGCCAUUUCAAUAUUUUAAGGGAACAAGUCACUCACUUACUUAAAGAAGUUUUAACCGAGCCGAAUGCGAUGCGGGAUUCGAAACCGGUGAAUAAUUCUCGAGAUAUGUACAAGGCUUGCAUGGACACGGAUGCGAUUGAAAUUUUGGGAUUGACACCGUUGACUGAAAUUCUGGAUUCGUACGGUCGGUGGCCGAUGACCGUGUCAAACUGGACGGCCGACCAGUUCGAUUGGAGAUCAGUAAGCUCAUCCAUCCGGAAGAACUUUGGAGAAAGUUUUCUCUUUGAAGUGUACAAUUAUCUUGACUGGAAGGACACUAAUAGAAGCUCCAUUUACGUGGAUCAAUCCGGACUGGGACUUCCGUACUCGACACUGAUCAACGCCAAGUCAAACUCAACAGCUGCCGUGAUGAAAGCGUAUGCCAAUUACGCUUUCGAAACAGCCAAGGCGGUACGGGACACGAUUCAAGGAGGAUCUAAUGAUUCCGACAUAACCCGUCAAGUGGAACAGAUGAUUGAUUUCCAAAUAGAACUCGCCAAAAUUCAAACCAAGCCGGAAAUGAGGAGGAACAGGACGCGGAUGUACAAUCCCAUGAGAUUAGACGCUCUGCAGCGGUGGACAAAUGUUGUCCAUUUAACUCGUUCAACCAACUACAUUAAAUGGGCUGAUUAUAUCAGCGACAUUUACUCCGUCGUCAACAUUUCUGUGACUGAGAACGAGCAAGUUGUCGUCACCGAGCCGGAAUUCCUCCGCAAACUCGUCCGUCUUUUGGACCAAACUUCCCCGAGAGUUAUUGCAAAUUACAUCCACUGGCGUUUGGUGAUGAAGGCGGGAGAUAAUACGAAUCAGCUGAUGAACUCGAUCGCAUUCAAAUUCUGGAAAGUCUUUUACGGGGCUUCAGAACCGCAACCAAGGUGGCGGUUCUGCGUCAACAAAGUAGCCAACACGUUGGGAUUCGCCGUUGGGGCUCUGUACGUCGAGAGGGCAUUCGACGAACACGCCAAAAAAGAUGCGAUUGAAAUGAUUGGACAUUUGAAAGAAGCGUUCAAUUCCUUGGUGGAAAAAUCGCAAUGGAUGGACCCGGAAACUAAAAUUCGAGCGCUGGAAAAGGCGGCCGCCAUGAAAGAAUUUGUGGCUUAUCCGGACUGGAUACUCAAUAAAACUCAACUGACACUUGCUUACGAAGGGGUGGAGAUAAACAGCAAUAGUCACUUUGAAAAUUAUCUCAACGUCACUCGGUUUUUAGAGUACGGAGAGAUGAAAGGACUUCGGUUGCCAACAGAUCGUACGACGUGGGUCACUUUUCCGUCGGUUGUCAACGCUUUUUAUUACUUUUUCUACAAUUCCAUCACUUUCCCUGCUGGGAUCUUACAGCCACCCUUUUUUGGAAAGGGUCGCUUGGCUGCUCUCAACUACGGCGGAAUAGGAGCUGUAAUUGGGCACGAAAUAACCCACGGCUUUGACGAUCACGGGCGGCAGACAGAUAAAGACGGUCGAGUCAACUUGUGGUGGACUAAUCAAACGCUGACUAAAUAUCUCCAAGGAGCGCAGUGCUUUGUCGAGCAAUACGGAAACUAUACUUUCCCGGAAUUCGCUGGAACUGAAGCUUUUCAUAUCAAUGGAAUCAUCUCACAAGGGGAAAACAUUGCGGAUAACAGCGGCGUUAGGGAGGCCUUUUUAGCCUAUCAGAAUUACGUAGCCCUGAACGGGCGAGAAGCCCGUCUGCCCGGCUUGGAGCAGUACACACCGGAGCAGCUCUUCUUCAUUUCCUAUGGCAACAUUUGGUGUGGCAAACAAACAACGCAGAGUCUCAAACAGCAAAUCUUGAACGGUCCGCACAGUCCCGAACGCUAUCGAGUACUAGGCACCCUGUCCAAUUCGGUCGAUUUCUCCCGUCACUUCAAAUGCUCGAAAGAUAGUGCCAUGAACCGCCCUAAUAAAUGCAUUCUCUGGUAACAUAGUUAUUAAAAUGAUGUAUCUGUAAUAAUACAGCUCGGUUUCAUUUUAAA